CAUACACCUAGGACAGUUAGGAAUGCGUGCAAUUAUCGCCUUCCCCCUGGUAGUUCGUGCAUUUAUCCCUUCUUUUUUGGGGCAGUUAAUGCUUACAACCACCGCUUUCCCCCUAAUUUUAGCGCUCUUCCUUUCUCACGGUAAUAUCUUGCAUUGCACUUCAUUGAGGCAUUUCGUCGAACACGAAGAUGGCAGACUCUGAUCAGCAGCUAAAGUCCGACGCUUUCUUGGAACAGAUGAAAACCCACCUCACCACUGAUGCUGGGAAAGAGAUCACCAAGAAAAUUGGCCUCGUUUAUCAGCUCCACAUCGCCCCCAAGAAAUUGGGUUUUAAUGAGGUGAUUUAUACUGUUGAUCUUAAGAAAGGAGAGGUUAAGAAAGGUGCUUUUGAAGGAGGAAAGCCAGAUGCAACAUUUUCAUUCAAGGAUGAAGAUUUCAUUAAGAUUGCAACAGGGAAAAUGAACCCUCAAAUUGCUUUUAUGAGGGGUGCAAUGAAGAUUAAGGGUAGUAUUAGUGCUGCCCAGAAAUUCACUCCUGAUAUAUUCCCUAAGCCUUCUAAGAUGUGAUCCAUUCCGUCUUUUCGAAUGCAAGAGUAUGGUUCUGGAUUGCCAUUGAAAAAACAAAAAAAAAAAAAAAAGAAAAAAAUGAAACAGCAUAAGAAAAGUGCCAAUACUUAUAUAGUUUAGGGAAUAUCUCUGUUAAGAAUCAGGGAAUUCAUUGUUGUUUAUUAGAUUCCUGAUUCUUUUUAAAAUUUGUGGUAUUUUCUGUACUUGCUACUUUGCUAGCGAAUAAAAAUUGUCUUAAUUAUCA